CCAAAAAUGAAGUUUGUUUUGUUGUUUCUCUCCUUUGUGGUGAGAAGUGGUCAGCUACCAGUGAGCAACUGUGGGACGGAGGCAAGACAACCAGACAUCAGGGACAUCGUAGUGAAUUGUGGAACUUCAUCGAUUUCUCUGGAAAUACAGAUCUGUCCAGUUCUCUAUUCUGGUUCCAACGAGAGCCAUCUGGUCCUGAACAACAUGCUGGAACCUUCCUGCAGAGCAACCCUGGAUGAAUCCGUGACUCCGCCUGUGGCUCGGUUUGACUUUCCUGUAAACAUGACUGACACCUGUAGCACCAUCCAGACAGUGAGUGUACCUGGGAUUGGACCAUUUCCUGAUUUUUCCAAUAUGUGGAUGAACAUCAGCGGUGUUGUUCGACCCAUUAACUCUUCCAAAGACAACAUCACUAACAGUGAAGAGCUGGAGAUCUUCUACUCCUGUGUCUAUCCCUUACAGGAUCUGGUCAGAAACACCCAGAUCCAUGCCUCAGCCUCCUCCAUCACAUCCAAGGACAACAAUGAGACUUUUAUCCAUUCCUUGAGCAUGGUUCUCUUUGCUGAUGCCAAAUACACCCAGCUAAUGGUCAUCCCAGAGCUGGGGAUUAAACUCAGGACUGACAUUUACGUCGAGGUAAAGGCCACCAACUUGACGGACCAGUAUCAUGUUCUACUGGACCGAUGCUACGCCUCCACCUCACCUCUGCCUUCCAUCUCCACCUUCUUCAACCUGUUUGUCUCCUGCUCUGUGGAUUAUUUUACAACCAUUAUUGAGAACGGAGUCAGCCAAAAUGCUCGCUUUAAGUUCCAAGCUUUCCACUUUAUUGAGCAUCAGAAUGAAAAGGUCUCCACCUACUAUCUCCACUGCAUCACCCGCCUCUGUGAGACAAGCGCCUGUGGUGCCUUCAAGCAGUGCAACAGCAGGAGAAAGAGGAGCACAUCUGACUCAUCUACAGCACCAAAUGCGUACACAGUCACCUCUCCACAGAUCAUCACUAAAACAGACACCUCUGAGUUCAGUGAGAAGCCCCUGGCCGUGGGAGGAGGAAACAUCUCUGCUGUCAGACUUGGUCUGGCUGCUGGCUUCUUAGCCUGUGCUGGUGUGUUCGCCCUAGGAGUUGUGUCUGUGAUUUAUAGAAGGCUCAGGAACUGAAGAGGCAUUGUCCAGCUGAACUACAGCACACUGGCUUGUAGGGCUUAAUGCUUACUCAGAAGCUGAGUGACAUCUUUUUAAAAUUUCGGAUUAGGGCUUGGUUAGGGGACGUGGGAAUUCAUCAUAAUAACUUUGUUUCUUAAUAACUAAAUCACAUUAUUAUUAAUCUUCAUUUCCUCCACUUGUGGUUAACUCCAUAAAUCAUCAGCUAGAUUUAGUCAGCCCCGUUCAGUGCAGUGCAUUUUAAAUCGUCAGAUCAUUUUCAAAACACAAGAAACCACACAUGGUGAGAAAAAG